CUAAGGACACUAUAGUGUAGCGAACACCGCGUAUCGCGCGACGGCAUUGACACUAUUGACAGAUGCGGAUAAGACUUGCUUAUCUGUUCUUGUUGUUGAGGUUACUUUUUUAAUUACAUAUGUACAGAUAAUAGAAAACCUGGAAUGUUGCGCAUCGUUCUUCACGUUGUCAGAAAUCAGUGGACAAUCCCAAUACCGUUAAUUUUCCACUUCCAAAAGCACAAAAUGAUGGGAUAAAAAAAAAACAAAUUAUCACAAUUUCGCAUAUUCGGCGAGGCUUCUUCAUUUGUGAUGGACGAAAAAUCACAGUUUUCUGGAAUAUCAGAGCAAGAUGAUAAUUUUCAAAGCAAACAGAUCUACACGGUUGAAAGUAAAAAUGAGAAAAACGACAUGGAACUAAUGACGGAUGACGUUAAUUCGUUGCUCUUUGGUGCUUGCGAAUCCGUUGACAUCCCGAAUACAAAACUGCAAAAGAGUCAGUUUUCUAGCAGCGAUAGCUAUCUUCCAAGCGAGAACAAAUCUCAUCGUGAUUCGGUGAUCUCUCAUAACAGAAGCGUUUCUUUAUCUAUGAUAUCAUUAUCAUCCGUGGAUUCAAACAUACUUAGAAAUGAAACUGAUAAUUUUCAAAACGAUGUACAUAAGAACACAAAUUCAGCAACAACCCGCGCUGACGAGGAGGAUACGUUGUUAUUCAAUCAAUCGAAUGGGGCAAACGAUUCUUUCAUUAACAAAGUAAUUAGCGAUACCCGUAAAAAUAAUUUGCCAGAAGAAAACCGAAAUGAAAAUUAUUCCAAAGAAGCGAUCGUGGAAAGCAGCGCACCGAGAGCGGACCAAUCUUGCGAGGACAAAAUAGAUUUGCAAUCAUCACAGAUAGGUAAGAAAAAAAUCUUGAGCGAGAACAAUCUAGAAAGGCGUCAGUUCAAGGAGAACAAACCGCAUUCGAAUCUGUCGUUGAGCACUCACGUGCGAAAUAAUAAUUUAACGUCUCGACCAACGUUGGCGGAUGACAACAAACUUGUGAAAAUGUCUCUUCUGGCAAAUCCGAUUAACAUAAUGCAGUCGAAUGUUCAUCUCAUAAACAAAAGUCGCAAUUUUUUAAACUUCAUCACCGAAAAAUCAACAAACAUCAUGGAGAGAACUCUGCUGCCGCAACAUCUGGCUAUGAGGUAUAAUCAUCCGUCGAGAUCGGUUGAAUCAGACGCGGCGAGAUUUUAUAUCAACAACAAAUCUGCUUCCAAAGACGUGAUAUCAGAUAUGGAUUUGUCGAAUUCGAGUCUCGCUCUGAACGGAAGUUGUGCAGAGAAACAAGACGAGAAUAAAUCGGACGUGCUGUUAAUCAAUGCGGAGAAUGAAACAAUGCCGUCGGUAUGUGCGAGAGAGAAAGAUAUACGAGACGCUUCUAAGGAAUGCGAAGAACAACAGGUGCUAGAGAAUAACAAGAAUACAACGGUGUUAAAUGAGAAGAGAAACGAUAUUUUCGAGAAGAACGACGUGAAUAGAUUAAAUUACGAUGUUGCGAACGAACAAGCGCGAAUACAGAACGGAGAUACGUUGGAGAAUUGUGAGGAAAAUAAAAUUAACGUAACGCAAACGGAAAAGUUGCGUAAGAAUGUACAUAGAGACGAUGCGUCGUUGGAUUUAAAUAGUUUAAAACGCGACUCGUUAGAUCAUCCGUUAUAUCUCGCGUUGUUAGAGGAUUAUUCUAGUUUAAGACUUAAACAUUCGAAACUGCUAGACAGAAUCAAAGACUUAGAGGAGUGCCAUUUAGCGAACAAAUCAUUCCAAGAAGUUCAAACGAACACGGACACGUUUGUUUCGCAGAUAGAACAUUUAGAGAAAACUGUGAACAAACUGACGGCCGAUUUGGACGAGUCGUUGAGCGUUCAGGAAGCUUUGAAGAAAGACUGUAUUGCCGUUAACAAGGAGAAGGAGAACAUGGUUAUGAAAUACGCGAUUGGCGAGGAACGGUUGAUCGAGGCGAACAGAGCAAAAGAUUGCGCGGAGCGUAGAAUAAAGGAACUAUUGAAGGAUCAGGAAUUGCUGCAGAACAAGUUGCGCCAGUCGCAGGGCGAGCGAGCGAGAAUUUGCAACAUAUUGGACGGAAAGUGUCGGGAAACCGGUGAACUUCAGAAAGAGAUCGAAAGACUGAAGGAGGACGUUAAAGCGAAGGAAGUUAAAUUGAAAUGGACGCAAACCAAACUUAAAACGGAAAUGGAGACGCAGAAAGAAACUCAACAAAAAUUGGACAAAGCUUUGAUGAAAAUAAAUAAUAUGAAGGAGGAGUGCGAUCAAAUACGUCGCGAGACGCAAGAAUCGUUUCGCAAAUUCCAGCAGUCCGAGGAAAACAAAGCCGUGACUUUGGAUCAGCAGUUGAAGGAGCAUCAGGCGCGUUUGAUUCUAGAGAGAUCGGUCACGGAAGAUAAGGAAACGCUUAGACUUCAGUUGCAAAAAGAACUGGAAACACUGAAAUCCAAACAGCAAACUUUGAUCGACGAAAAUAAGAAACUGAGUUCGAGACUUCAAGAAUCCGAGAAAGCUCGAUUGAACAACGAAGACGAUUUGGACAAUUUGAAAAUUAUUGCGAAUCAGCGUCAGGAACAAAUUUCCGAAUUACUGAACAAGGUCUCUCAGUUGGAAACGUUAAAACUUCAAUUGCAACAAAAAGAAGAGCGUAUGGCGUCGAUCGAGGCUGAAGCGCGGCAGUUAAGAUUGAGCAACGAAGAACUGCAAUCCGACAUGCAAGCGUGCCGUCGGAAGGAAGCGGAUAUGCUGGACUUCACGCAGAAAUUGACCGACAAGAACGUGCUUAUCCAGUCUGAAUUCACUGCGAUCCGGGCGAAGGCAGAUAAUCUCGAAUCGGAGCACGGUCCUUUGCGCGAUCGCAUCAACGAGUUGACUAACAAAAUUAAAAUUCUGGAAGAGGAUCUGAUGCAAGAACGAAAGAAGAGACGGGAAGAGUGCGAGAUUUUGGCGAAACACGUUGCCGAACAGACGCAACUGGCGCAGAAUUUCGCUCAGAAAUUGGAGGAUAGUCAGGGCGAAAACGCGGUUUUGAAACGAAAGCAUCAGACUUCCAUAAAGGAGAUGACGCGGGAGUUGCAACAGUGUCGCAGAAAAUUAGAAAUGUUCGAAACCGCGUCUCCCAGUGACUCGUUGGAUGUUACAUCCCGGACCGGGUCUAAUACUUCUUUAAAUACAGGCGAUAUAACGAACGGUGCCUUAUCAGAUAACAACGCUAACAGCGACCACAUUCAGUCAAUAGAACCUAGCAAACAAGUACUGAUGAAUCGUAUUAUAGAGUUGCAAAAGAUAAAUGUGAAGAGAGCCGAAAAAUUAGAUUUUUUAGAAGAACAUACACAGGCGUUGGUCGAAGAGGUGCAGAAAAAAACCAAAAUAAUACAACAUUAUAUUUUAAAUCAAAAUUUUGGAGCUCUGACUUGCAACGAAAGAGAUAAGCAUAAAGCGGAACUGGCACGUCACGGAGGUAUAAUGGCGUCCGUCUACAACACUCGAGUUUCCGAUGAGAACAUGACGUUGGAACUUUCUUUGGAAAUAAACCAAAAAUUACAAGCGGUUCUUGAAGAUGCGUUAUUAAAAAACAUUACUCUAAAGGACAAUAUCGAUACAUUAGGUAACGAGAUAGCAAGAUUAACGAUGCAACAUCAACAAAGAAAUUGAAAAUUUAACAAAUGUUAUUAUAUGUAUAGAUACAAUGUAUCUGAUACAUACAUACAGAGAGGAGUGCACUAUAUCGCGCGGAAGUAUUUCUCGGAAAAAUUUCUCCUCCGGCUAUUUCCCACACGAUUUCGGGCCGCUGGCCGAAGACCGAAGAACACGGCGUGCGAUAACAGGAGCAGCUAGAAGAAACAUUUCCAAGAAAUAUCUUUCCUUGGACCCGCACGAUAUGGCGCACUCUCCUCCGUACAUCGUAUACAUAAGUAUAUAUUGUAUGUUAUAUGUUAUAUAUAUUGGUGCAAAGUUAAAAUGAUCUUAUUUAUUGUUAGUUUUAACAAGAUUUUCUUAUUUGAUAUUUGUUACUGUACACACAGCUUGUAUACAUACACAUGUAUCUUUAGGUGAAAUAUACCUGUAUAAUAAG